GCUUCGAGUGUCAAAUCCACCAACGCCACGAGAACCGACUCCGCGGCUCCACGUCCAAGCGAGGCGCGCGAAGCACACACACCACUUGGAUGGCGGAGAUCGCGUACUAUGACGGGGAUCUGUCGGAUGCCCUGACAAAGCUCAACCAGAUCAUGGCCAAGCUCGCCAAGGCUCCCCCUGGCAUCAAGUCCGAGGUGCUUGUCGAAGCGGAAAAGAAGCUCAAGGAGGUCAUCGACCUGAAGAAAGGGUUUUCGCUGGCACUGCGACAAGUUACAGACCGCGAAGAGAUCAAGUCGUAUCGAGAGAAAAACGACGUCUAUGCCGCGCGUGUCGAAGAACUGACGCGCGAAGUGAAGUGGGCAAAGUCCGAAACCGACAGGAAUGGGCUGUUUGGCGACGCCAAGGCGAAAGCGUCCAAAGUGCCCACGGGCAACACAGACCUGCUAAACAAGGCGCAGGAACUCCAAGGAAAAACCGAGGUCUCGUUGAAGAACACGCAGAAAAUGAUUGAAAACUCGAAAGAAGUCGCACUUGCGACGGGCGAAACCUUGCGGGAACAGCGAAACCAACUCAACGCGAUCACGGAGGAAGUGAUGCGCAUGGACGACGGCGUGGCCCGCGCCAACAAGCUCAUGCGGACGUUCACACGGAGAAUGGCAACGGACCGCCUCAUUCUGUUCUUUACAUUUCUCGUGUUUGCUGGCAUCGUCGGCAUCAUCGUGUACUCCAAGGCCAAUCCAGACCAAAACACGUUCUACGUGCCAGACCAAGUCAAACCCCCGGAUCCGGGGGUGAUUACCAACGCGACCGGGAUCAACUCUUUUAUCAACAAUACCCAGAACAGCAUUACGGGCAAGUAAUGCGUAGCACUGGAGCUGUAUGGCGCCGUUCGAGGUUGCUUCGACCGUUUUGUUCUUAUCAAUCUAUUCCACUCUGACGAGAGAUGGCGAUGGAUCGAUGGUGGCCACCUGCAUCGGGCAUGCCCUCUGUGAGUUAUCACGACUGUCUUGUACACAACAUUGCGCUUGCAAA